ACUUUACCGGUGAGUCACGCACGUUUUCGGGUUGAAACCUGUGGAGGCAUAUGUCCUUCUUUUAUUCUCUUAUUUUUUUGUCAACUAAAGCCCGGUCUAGGCUGAUCUUGUUCUGCGCUGCUGCGGCUAAAAGAUAAUAUAAUAUAAGCUCAAAGUCAAGAAAAAAAAAGUAGGAUAGUAGUCAAUUGCUGUUGAUUGCGUUAAUAGGCCCAGACCACUGAGACGUUUUCAAGCGUUUAUACCACAUCAGCGCAGCUGCAGCUUCCGGGAUGCCCUGCUCGGAUUCGUGACCUAGUGCUGAGAGGCGGAGAGCAGAGCCCAAACCAGGGGGAUUGUUUAUCGGAGCAAGUGCACCAGUCUCUCAUCCUGAGUCACGGUUUAACCAUCUAUAGGGUACCGGUGUUUCAAACUUGCACAACCACCCCUGAGAGAUGGACUAGUCCAAUUCACAUCACAAAAAUCUGAUGGUGAGAGGAGAGCUGUUCAUGUCAGAGACUGCUGCUCACCCCAGCUCGUACAGUUCCUACCAAGACAGUUGAGAAAAUGGAAGAGAAAGGUCUGACCGAUCCUUUGAAUAACGUCUCAUUGAUCCAAGAUGAGCUGAAGCGGACUAAUAUGGCGUCUUUAGGUGACUCAGAGAAAUUAAUCCAGCAUUUGAAUGAGCAACUCCAAGAAGCCCAGGAGUCAGCCAAUACUGAAAAACUAAAAUGUAUUCAGUUGAAAGGGCUCUUGGAUGAAGAGAGAAAAGACAGUAGCCAUCAAGCAGAUGAAUCAGCAGGUCAAAUCAAACUUCUGAAAGGCCAACUGCAGCAGCUCCAGAGCGAGGUGUCUGUCUUGAAGGCACAGAGGGACGAGGACCACUCCAGGAGCCAUGGUGACCAGCAGGCUGCGCGGGAGGAGGUGAGAUCCCUCCAGCAGGCCCUGGAGGCAGCCGCCGCCCAGCGGGACCGGGAGACCGCCGCUGCCCGGAGCAGCCUGGCCACGGUCACCCAGGACCUGGACAAGUGGCGCCAGACGGCCGGAAAGUAUGAGCGCGAGAUCGACAGCCUGCAGGGAGACCUCCAGCAGCAGAGCCUGCAGUGGCAGAAAACCGCAGAAAUACAAGCGGCUGAGCUGCAGUCCAUGCAGAAGGAGCACAGCUCUCUCCAGAAGGAGUGUGCCGCGCUGCGCUCUGAGAAGCAGGACCUGGUCAACAAGCACCAGGCCGAGCGGGGCCAUCUGCAGGGUGAAAGCGCCGCUCUCCGGGCCCAGAUGGAGCAGCUGCUGGGCAGCCAGCAGAAGGAGAAGCUGAGUGCGCAGAGCGAGAAUGCGGUCCGUUGUGCUGAGAGAGACGCGCUGCUGGAGAAACAGCAGCAGAUGGAGAUGGAUCUCACCUGCUCUCAAGGCCAGAACGUUGUGCUCAGCGAGAGCCUGAAGUCCCUGGAGAGAUCCCAGGAGGACCUGGGGCAGCGGCUGGGGGACCUGCAGCUCCAGCACCAGCAGGACAAUGCCAAGCUCCAGGGCCAACUGGGGGAGGCCCGGGGCCUCACCCAGGACCUGCAAAAAGAGAACGAGGAUUGUAAAACAGAGCUAUCGGAUCUAAAGGAGAAGUACGAGAAAGCCGAGCAGGAGAAGCAGUCGAUCACAGAUGAGCUGCAGGCAAGCCAUGCAGAGAUGAAGCUUCUUCAGGAGAAAGGAUCCAAGAAGCCCUGGAUGGUUUUGGGAUCGGCCGCCGCUGUGGCUCUGACCGCCGUCACCGUCGCCAUGCUCUGCAGGACCUGAGGACCGGAGAGAACACACACACACACACGCACACCCAUAGACACACAAACACUUUUGCUCGGAUCUGUGUACUCGUCAGCUUCCUCCACACUGAGAUCUAAGCCAUCUGCCUAGCUGUGACCUGAAGAGCUCUCACGUGGUUCUCAGUAUAUCUUAGGAGUAAGUCAAAUGAUUGUCGGUUAUAAGAGAACUUUAAGUGUUAUUCAUUGACCGUUUAUUUAGGACAUCUAGGGAGAUAUAUAAAUCAUGCUUUCCUUUUUGUUUUUAGAUUUUUUGUCAUUGGACCUCCAGUGUUGAAUGUAUGUGAUACUGACCUUACUAAAUCUUUACCUAGUUUAAUAUUUAGCUUCCGUUAACACAACAUGUACCAAGCAAAUCUAAUAACCCAUAAUCCAAUGCAUGAUUACUUUCCCCUAGUGAAUGAUUAAUGAAGGUCAAGGUUGUGGGGAGAUAACACUCCAAAAUACAUUUGAAUAAUUAAUAUCGUAAGAUGUUAACUUAGACUUUUUGGCCCUUUAAAUGCUUCCCUCAUGUUUCAGGUCUACACUCUAUGGUUUGGUCUUAAACAAAUUCUAAUAAUUCUCAAUGAUCUCAUAUCUGCUGUCUCUCUAAACUUAAUGGGUUAAAUAUUCAAGCCCAUUCAGGGGAUCCAAUGCGAAUGUCCGGAGAAUUGAUAACUGGCAUACUCUAGACAUGAUAGUCAUUUUGUCUCACAGGAAUGAACAAGAGCUCUAGAAGGCUGAUUGACUUCUUUGGAGAUGCAGAUAAGAAUGUCUGUCAAAUUUUUAUUUCGUUUUUGAUUGUAGAUAUUCCAUUAUCCAUCACUGACUUACAGAGACAACUACAACAAAGAAACAGUGUUUAUCUUCCAUGCCGUUUAUGAAGCAGAUCAGUGACUAUGGGUGUUUGGAACGACUUUAACCAUGCUCGUUGCUGAUAACAAUGCCCAGUUUAAUGGCUUGUUUUUAUUGGGUUAUGGAUAUCUAUUGAUCUUACACAAUUCAAAUGAUAGCAGAGCUCAUCCCUGGUACUUUAUGGUCGAUGGGAGUAAUAUUUAACUAGACCUGAAAACCAGAUAGGAUUUUCAUUGACACUUUAUUCAUGACAUGAUUUGUUUGAAUAUUGGAUUACAUCGCAUAUGACACACUUUGGAAAGGUUGAUUCUCUAGACACACGUUCAUGUAAAAGGUUAAAAGAAUUAUUUGGGAAACUGAAUUUAUCCCUGUAAAUAUCUGUGCAGAGUUAUUUUGUAAACAGAAGGAAAUGUUGUUCAAUUGUUAAAACGUAUGGAAAAUAAUUGUCUAAGUGUCCUACUAAUUUCACUAAAACAUGAGUUCCCCCUAUUAAAGAAAAAAGCAGUGAAAGCCUUGUUGUAGUCUGUCUGUUGUGACAGUGUGAAUGAACAGUCCUCUCCGAUGAUUAGCUUUACACAGGAUCGUAAAGUUA